ACUCGACCCUCCCGGCCAGGCCAUCUCCACGGCAACCCAGGAGCUCCUGCGAUUGGCCGAGGCCAACCCCAGCGGCAUAGCGAGCCUGGACCCUGUGAACGACCUCCAGCUGAAGAGCGUGGACGUGGUGGAGGGCUCCAUGAGGCGCCGAGUGCUGGAGGGGAGCCUCAAAGAGUUCAGCUGCAUCCACUCGCCCACUUUUGCAGAGCAGUUUGCUCGGGUUCAGGACAGGAUGGGUGUGCAGGAGGAGUUGGACAGGCUGCUCUUCCUGGUGUCCGAUCAGUCUCUGUCCCUGCUGCCUGAAUACCACCAGAGGAUCAAGGUGCUGCAGUCCCUCCAGUAUGUGGACAGCGGCGGCGCGGUGCAGCUGAAAGGCCGCGUCGCUUGUCAGAUCAGCAGCCACGAGCUGCUGCUGACCGAGCUGCUGUUCGAGAACGUCCUGAGCCCUCUCGCUCCGGAGGAGAGCGCCGCCCUGCUGUCCUGCCUGGUGUUCACACAGAACACGCAGGUGGAGCCGCACAUCACCAACACACUACAAGAGGGCAUCGAUCGGGUGCUGUCUGUGGCCAAGCGUAUCGGAGAGCUGCAGAGGGAAUGUGAGAUACCUCAGACGGCCGAGGAGUUUGUCGGCCAGUUUAAGUUUGGCCUGACAGAGGUUGUGUACUGCUGGGCCAGAGGCAUGCCAUUCGCAGAGAUCGCCAUGCUGACAGACGUCCAGGAGGGCACGGUGGUCCGCUGCAUCCAGCGCCUGGAUGAGGUGCUGAAGGAGGUGCGUCAGGCCGCCCGCAUCGUAGGGGACUCUGUCCUGGGGAGCAAAAUGGAGAAGGCCUCCCUGGCCAUCCGCAGGGACAUCGUCUUCACAGCCUCCCUCUACACACACUGAGAGACACCAGGAGAGAAAGUGUUUGUCUUAGUGAGAAAGACGUGAGAAAAAAUGGGGGAGGUAACGAGAUGGUGUAAAUGAACACAUAAGUGCUGUAUGUGCCUAUAAAACAUGUUGAUGUUUACAUGAAGAUCACUGGAAAUGAAGAAGGGAAUGAUUUUAGUCCACAGACCAAAGUACAGACAACAUGAAAUCUGCAUUGUAAUUUAUUGUACAGUAAUAAAAUCUGUAUUAAACAAAAACAUACA